AGCCAUUUGAGCUCAAGGCAUUCGAGGCUUCAAGUAAGACCAGGCCCGAUUGAGAGUAAUUGAAACUGCCUGGGCUGCCAUGGCGCGGGCGGGCCCGCAGGCAUUUUCAUUGUGGUCUUGCGCAUUCCUGUCGCUCAACCUCGUGGCUUCUUUAUUGGCGUGGGCAGGCCAGUGGUGGGUCGUCGUGAAGGAAAGUUUGUUCGCUGAGAUGUCGAAUUUGUUUGGUGAAUAUGAUGUUGGCUUGUUGGGUAUGAAUGCAAGCCCUUAUUGGAAAUUACUGGUUCUUGUGAAUUUGUGUGGCGUAGUAGCAACCAGUUGCAUCGGCGCUCGGCAUUACUUGUACCCAUCCGAAGGAGGUCGCAGGGAUGUGCUCAAGGCCAUCAUUGCAGCCGUGGAUCUCGAUACCCCGUACUUUAUUGCCACGCAGGGCGUGCCGUAUGUAUUGGGGCACGAGACAGCAGACAUCCCUGCGAUGAGACAGCGCAAUGCUUAUUUCAGAGGUAUGCCCACUGCCAUGAUUGGCUUGUUUGUUGUCUUUCGCGAUAUUGUUGCAUUUCGGAUGGACGGGGCUUCCCUCAGGAUGGCCAUGAAGUUCAACGCAAGCUAUGCAAAUAAUGCAGAGAUUGAGUUUAAACGAUCGUUGUUCCCCCAUCGAAUGCACACUUCAAACCCAGAUGUAGCCCAUGCGGCUUCUCAGUUUUGCAGCGAAGUCGGCGAUCUAGAACGGUGGCCGCACACCUUAACCGAGGCGCGCAGCGAAGCUGAGUUCUUUGACCUAACCAUGGCUUGGGGAUGUGUCCCUGAAGACGUCACGGUUUUCAAUGGAUGUGCUGCGUUCGUAAUGGCAGCGAGGAAAUCUGUUCUUGCAGACGCAGCCUGGAAGGUGGUUCGCGAUAGCCCAUCUGCAACUGUGGGCGUAAACCACCUGGGGAUCUCCAACCCCACGUCCUUGGAUAGUUAUUUAAGUGGUAGAAACCGCCAGAAUAUACGCCAGGAGUUCAUAGAAGGUCAGGGUGGCAGGAAUGCAGAACAGAUAUUUGUUUUAGAUUUCGAUGGGCGGUCCCUCUGGUGGGACCUCGCGUGGGCGUCGUUUCAGCUGUUGACAGCGUCUAAAGCACUUGCCGAGCAAACUCCGAAUUUCCGCUCCGUCUCAUUAUUGCGGAGAUGCUCGGUGUAUCUUCACAUUCUCUUCGAUGGUGUUCUGGUAUUGGCGUGUUGCUGUGCGGCUUUGUUGUUUAUCCAGUCGAGUGCGGCUGGGAUGGGAUCUUGGAUAAGUUCCAAUCGAUACUAAAUGAUCAGAUCCCUCAUUACGCUGGGGUGGGGUUUGGCAUUCUCAACGGCGAACGCAAGGGGACUACAGUUUAUGAUGGUGUUAUAUUUCCACUUUUCCGUCAGGUCCUGCCCCAAUUCGCGCCUCUCAUACAAGAAAUUCAUACACCAUCCAGUUCAGAAGGCCCGCGCAUAAUUUGCUUGCUUGGUUAUCUCGGCUUCAUUCACGGGUUCAAGGUGUUGGUGACAGGCACAUCGCUUUAUGAGUUCCAAACAGUUCUCACAAGCCCAGUGGCAAGUGUUGGGAAAAAUGGGCAUACUUUAGCAGUCUCCAUGGUGUCGUUGGCCAUGAGGGCCGGAUUGCUGAUCGUCGUUUUUGUGGGAACGGUGUCGACAUGGAAUGCUUUCCAGGUUGUUAUCGGUCUGAUGUUCAAUACUUGUGUGUCAUAUGGCAGACUAUCGCAGUGCCAGGACACAUGGACACGUGCUGAUGAUAAGUGCGUAGUGCUUGUUGGCCCUCAGUCCCUGUCGGUGCGCUGGCACAGAUCGCAAGUGCUGACCGAGCCGCUGCCUCUCCCGCGCCCCUGCCGCGACCUGCCGCGGCCGCCUUUCGCAGCACCGCGGCCGGCGGUCGGGUGCCCUCGGGCCGGCGCAUGUGACUUGCGCCCCGUGGCCAUGGGCUGUUGCGAAGGCGUCAAGAAAAGAC